GGUAUCCAUGUAUGAAUCUCAUCUCCGGAGUGGCAAGGAUAAUAAUAAGUAUGUUGCGUGUUUGUAAUCUAUGAAGCAUGCGGAUCUAGCACGUGAAGAUCUGUGGCUGACGGAUGGGUAAUGGCGGUGUUUUGUUUGUUGUGAUGUAAACAGUGCUUAAGGGACGUUCAAACGACAUGGCAAGUGGCAUUGCAACAACAAAAUCUACAGGCCCAGCGCCAACAGUUGAACAGAUAAAUGCUGACAGAAUAACACAACUGGCUAAUAAAUACUGGGCGCCGUAUACCAUUGAUAACCAUCAUCCCUAUGACUCAGGAAUUGUGGAAGACUUAUAUGUUACGGAAAUUUAUGGCUCGAAUUUUGCAAUACGGCGAAUCAUGAUGCUAGAGUUCAGCCAGUACUUGGAAAACUAUCUGUGGCCAAACUAUAAAACGGGACAUGCAUCUCAUGCACAUAUGAUGUCAAUUGUUGUCAUGGUAAAUGAAAAGUUCCGUGAAAGAGUACCUGCUUGGCAGCCCUUCUGCAAGAGACCUGAUCACUUCUCAGGAUUUUUCCAGCAAGUGUUAGAGGCAUGCAUAAUGGAAAAUGUAGCAACGAGUCUUCGUGAACAGACAGCUCUUUUACUUUUCCUCAAUCACUGUUUUAAUAGUAUGGAGGUAGCACUUAUAAGAGACCAGGUUAAGAGACUUGUUUCUCUGUCCAUGUGGGUCUCCCUUCUACAAGGUCGCCGAGAACAAGAACUUAAAGCAGAACCCAAAUGGCGUAAGUUCUGGAAGCUCAUACAGCGUAAAGAUGCAGGAAAUCUGAAACCAAGACAAGACUGGGAACGGCGUUUCCUGAAGAGACUCAUGGUUCACUUCAUAAAACUGCUUGAAACAAUUCCUGAAGAAGGUCCUCUGUCAGAUGAUGUUGUUCAUUACUGCGAAAGAUUUCUGGAACUUCUGAUUGACUUGGAGGCUCUUCUUCCAACACGUCGCUUUUUCAAUACGGUAUUAGACGAUACGCAUCUAGUUGUGCGGUGUUAUUUAUCAAGUUUACCUCAGCGCCCAGAGGGAAAUCUCUUUGCUCAGUUGCUUGAUAUGCUGAAGUUUUAUUCACGCUUUGAGAUAAGUGAUUCAACUGGGGAUCCAUUAACUGACCAUGAUAUGACUCAGCAACAUUACUCAAAAAUAACAUCAUUACAGAAGGCUGCAUUUGCAAAAUUUCCAGAACUCAGAAGUUUUUCUCUUGCAAAUGUUGCAAGUGUUGAUACAAGGGAUUCUUUGUUAAAACAUUUUGGUUCUUUGAGUCAGCAGAAAUUAAGAGCAAUAGCAACAUAUUUGAACCUAGUGCCAGGAGAGGAAUCUGCUGAGGUUGAAGAAUGGCAUCGUGUUGAUAGGAACUUUCUGCUGGAGUUGCUGGUUUCACGGCAUGAAAGGAGGGCAUCACAGCUUGAAGCACUCAAUGAGAUGCCUUUGUAUCCUACCGAAGAGAUUAUAUGGAAUGAAAACAUAGUUCCCACUGAGUAUUUCUCUGGUGAAGGAUGUCUUGCUCUGCCAAAGCUCAACCUGCAGUUUCUCACUCUCCAUGACUACCUACUCCGAAAUUUCAAUCUUUUCCGCCUGGAGUCAACGUAUGAAAUUCGUCAAGACAUAGAAGAUGCUGUCAUUCGCCUGAGUCCAUGGCGUGCAGAGGAUGGAAGUGUUUUCUAUGGUGGAUGGGCACGUAUGGCUCAACCUAUUGUUCAUUUUGCAGUUGUUGAAGUGGCAAAGCCUAACAUAGGGGAAAAGAGACCAUCAAGAGUACGUGCUGACAUCACUGUCAACCUGAGUGUACGUAAUGAGAUAAAAGCAGAAUGGGAAGGUUUGCGCAAGCAUGAUGUGUGUUUUUUGAUAGCUGUCCGUCCUACAGCACCUAUUGGUACAAAGUAUGACCAGCGAGAGCCUUUUGUGCCUCAGGUUGGUCUGACAUAUGUUCGUGGCUGCGAAGUAGAGGGCAUGUUGGAUCAGAAUGGCCGUGUCAUUGAAGAAGGACCAGAGCCAAAACCACAACUGCCUGGAGAACGACGAACUUUCAGGGUGUGGCUUGAUUGCAAUCAAUAUUGCAAGGACAUGGAUCUUGCCAGCCAGGGACAUGAGGAUGUGUACGAGACAUUUAACAUUCUGAUGAGGCGGAAACCCAAAGAAAACAAUUUCAAAGCCGUGCUUGAAACAAUUAGGGAGUUAAUGAAUACAGAAUGUGUAGUCCCUGACUGGCUUCAUGAUAUCAUCUUGGGUUAUGGUGAUCCGGGAGCAGCACAUUACACCAGGAUGCCAAAUGAAAUAGAUACAAUGGAUUUCAAUGACACAUUUCUGGAUAUGGACCAUUUGCGUGCAAGCUUUCCAGAUUAUGAAAUUCGUGUCAAGACAGAUGAUCCGCGCAAGCUGGUGCCUCCUUUCAGGUUGACAUUUGAGGAUGUUAAAACACGGAAACGAGAGGUGGACAGUGAUGACCCAAAACAGUCUGAGCGGAGGGUCAUUAUUGUUGAGCCUCAUACAAUACCGAGCCGUGGACCAUACUUAUUCAAUGAGCCUAAGAGGAAUAGUAUUCCAUUCACACCAACACAAAUAGAGGCUAUUAGAGCAGGAAUGCAGCCAGGACUGACAUUAGUUGUUGGACCCCCAGGAACUGGUAAAACAGAUGUUGCCGUGCAGAUCAUCUCCAAUCUGUAUCACAACUUUCCAAAUCAGCGCACUCUCAUAGUAACACACUCAAAUCAAGCCUUGAACCAACUGUUUGAAAAGAUCAUGGCUCUUGAUAUUGAUGAACGCCAUCUUCUACGUCUAGGACAUGGAGAAGAAGCACUGGAAACAGAGAAGGAUUUCAGUAGGUACGGGCGAGUAAAUUAUGUUCUAGCAAAGAGAUUGGACUUACUAAUGGAGGUUCAGCGUUUGCAGGAAAGUCUCCAGGUUUCGGGAGAUGUUGCUUACACCUGUGAGACAGCUGGCCAUUUCUUCUUAUACCAAAUACUGGCUCGCUGGGAGCGUUUUCUGAGUAGAGUUCGACCACCUUCUGGCAAAAUAGUUCCUGUGAAAACAAUAAAAGAUGAAUUUCCCUUUCAUUGCUUCUUCGACAAUGCACCAAAACCUCUUUUCAAGCAAAGAUCAUAUGAGGAAGACAUGGAAAUUGCUGAAGGUUGUUUCAGAUACAUAGAAAAGAUUUUCACACAGCUUGAGGAAUUCCGAGCAUUUGAGCUGUUGAGAAGUGGAUUGGAUAGAUCAAAAUAUCUACUCGUAAAGGAGGCAAAGGUGAUAGCUAUGACAUGUACCCACGCUGCUCUUAAGCGGAGAGAACUUGUUGAUCUUGGUUUCAAGUAUGAUAACAUAUUAAUGGAAGAAUCUGCCCAGAUUCUUGAAAUUGAAACAUUUAUUCCAUUGUUGCUGCAAAAUCCUCAGGAUGGAUAUAGCAGAUUGAAACGUUGGAUUAUGAUUGGUGAUCAUCAUCAGCUGCCUCCUGUAAUAAAGAACAUGGCAUUCCAGAAGUAUUCAAAUAUGGAGCAGUCACUUUUUACACGGAUUGUUCGUCUUGGAGUGCCAACUGUCGAUUUAGAUGGCCAGGGACGAGCAAGACCCAGUAUUUGUAACCUAUAUAACUGGCGGUAUAAGAAGCUUGGCAAUCUUGCACAUGUGGAGACAUGGCCAGAAUACAGAGUGGCAAACCCUGGAUUUUGGUUUGACUUCCAGCUUAUUAAUGUGGAAGACUUCAAUGGCGUUGGUGAGACUGAACCGAGCCCAUACUUUUACCAGAAUCUUGCUGAAGCUGAGUACUGUGUAGCUGUCUUUAUGUAUAUGAGACUUCUUGGUUAUCCUGCACAUAAGAUUUCUAUUCUGACAACCUACAAUGGGCAGAAACAUCUAAUCAGAGAUGUGGUCAAUAUACGAUGUGCCACAAAUCCACUUAUCGGGCGGCCGCACAAGGUGACUACAGUGGAUAAAUAUCAGGGACAGCAAAAUGAUUACAUCUUGUUAUCCUUGGUGCGUACACGAGCUGUGGGACAUCUACGUGAUGUACGACGUCUUGUUGUUGCAAUGUCACGAGCGAGACUUGGCUUGUAUGUCUUUGCAAGAGCAUCACUGUUCAAGAAUUGUUUUGAGCUGACUCCAGCAUUUAGUCAGCUUAUGCAGAGGCCGUUGAAGCUGUACUUGGCUCCACAUGAGACCUAUCCAACUCAGCGUUCAAAUGAUCAACCACCUUCAGGAAGUCCUGUUGAGAUGGCAGACAUGGCACAGAUGGCCACAUUUGUAUAUGAUUUUUACAUACAGAAAGUUCACGCCUUGAAGUCUGCUUUUUAUGAUGCCCAGAAGGUCUGGCAGAAGCCAGGAUCAAAACUGUCAUCUUCUCAAGAUGGACCACAACAUUUUGUAUCUCAUCACCCAGGUGCAGAUGAUGAUACAGACAGUGAGGAAGAGCAGGAAAGAAUCAAACUUGAAGUCACAACAGAUUCACAAUAUGAAGGACAAGCCGCAGUUGUUGGGGCAGCUGUAAUGUAUGGUGAAGCUGAUGCAAAUGCUAUUUCCCAGGCACAGCAGCCAGCUGUCCCUGAAGAUGGUACAUUGUCACAAUUUGAGGCAGCUGUGUGUGUAAGCAGUGCUACACCCGUACCAUCAGAUGUAGACUCGGUGCCAGCUGCAAGCAAUGAAAGAAAUGAUUUGUUGGGCAAUGGCAGACCAAUAGCUGUAAAGAUGGGUGGAGUAGAGUUUCAACAAGAAGUGUCAGAUCCUACCACUCCUGAAGAACACCAUCAACAUAGAGCCAAAAUUCAAAACACUAUUAGAAAAAAAGAAGCAGAAGAUUCUUCAGAAAAGGAAUCUUCUUCAGAAGAUGACUCUUAAAAUUUAACGUUACUGAAAUGAUAAAACAAAUGUGCUUUUUAUCAAGCACAUAAGGUAAUCUGUUAUAAUCUCUGAAAAUGUCAUUUUCCUUUCAUUGCAUAUAUUCAGAUGACUGUCUGUAGAGAAUUACUUGUCAGUUACUCAGAUGGAUCUUGUGUGAUGCAGGUGAAGGUUAUGUAAAUGGAAAAUUUUACCACUGUUGACACAUUGUAGGUUUAUAGUGGUUUCAGAUAGUUAUGAUAUAUAUGUGACAGAUUUCAACAGUGAUUACAUUUUAGUAUCAGAUGUGAUCUAAUGAUUUGUAUUGUUCAAUAAAAGACUGAGACCUUUUUUAUCAACCAUCA